AUGCUUUCACGCAAACGUAUCAUAGCAAGAACAAAUGUACAUAAAGAACCGGAAUUUACAACUUCAGAACGAACAGAAGCUGUUGCUUCAUUUGUUCAGCAAAGAAUUUGGCUUCAUGAACAGCUCUAUUUUCAUUCUUCUGACUUUUCUGUCUACAAUAUUUUGGUACCAUUGAUAGUCAAACAAGGUUCAUUGUCGAUCAAACGUAUUCGUUCAAUUUUACUCACAUUAAUUGAACAACAUAGUGUUCUUCGUACUGCUGUUCGUUUUAAUCCACAAAGUAAUCAAAUCGAACAAUAUAUUCAAGCUGCUACCCAUGAAAUUUAUUCAUUUCAACAUUCACAUGGUAUUAGUACAUCAGAAGAGCUUGAUCGAUUACUUACCAAGGAAUCGAUAGGAAAAUUUUUCGAUUUUGAAAAAGGCAAAGUGUUAAGAUGUCAUAUAGUGCAGCGACAAGAUGAUAAUAAUAAUGCUGAUGGUUUAUUAUAUGAAAAUGAUAUAAUUGCUCUCAGUUUUCAUCAUAUUGCAUUUGACAAUAGUUCACUUAUGGCAUUUAUAAAAGCAUUCAAACAAAUAGAUUUGGCUAAUGAGCAACAACCAAUACUAUCAGUUCCACAAUAUAUUGAUUUUGCAUUAUAUGAACAAGCAUUGUUAGCUGAUACAAAUAUAGAUUCAAAAAUGAAUAAAGCACGUCGUUAUUGGUCAAAUCUUAUGAAUGGUUAUGAUUGGAAUCGAAUACAAGAUUUAGUACCUCAUGAAAAUAAAAAUGAUCAAAUUCGUUCUGGUCGUGCUUAUUCAACUGCAUUUAGUUUUGAUCAAAAUAUUGUUGAUGCAAUGAUUUCUUUUGCUUCAUCAAAUAAUCUAACAAUGUUUUCAUUAUCUCUUGCUUGUUAUUAUUUAUUUUUAUAUAAAUUAACUAAUAUGGAUGAUGAUGAUUUAUGUGUUGGAAGUGUUAUAGCUAAUCGAACAAAACAAGAAAUGAAAGAUAUGAUUGGCAUGUUUGUUAAUCUUGUACUAUAUCGAAUGAAAAUGGAAGCAAAUAAUUCAUUUGAAUAUCUGAUACGAAAAAUACAACAAUUAAGUAGUGAUGUUUUAGAACAUUCUUGUUUACCUUAUCAACAUAUUAUUAAUUCACAAGAUCAACAAAAUCAUCAAGUAUUACCUUCAACAUUAUUUCAAUAUGAAUCUUUAGUAUCAUCAGUGACAGCAAAGAAUAAUAUUGAAUCUAGUACUAUUGAAGGAAAUUAUGUUCUUGCUGUUUAUUUUGAUCGAGAUCGAUCACAUGGUAAUGGUGUUGCAGCAUUUGAUCUUACUUUUACAAUAUCACAUGAUUAUCAUGUACGAACUACAGAAUGUUUUCUUGAUUGUUCAAUUGAUAUAUUUAAAAGCCAAACUAAUGUUGAUCUACUUGCAAAUCGUUUUCAAUAUAUGCUCAAACAACUUUUCUCUUCUUCUUCUUCUUCAGUUAUUCAUGAACCAAUCUAUAAAUUAUCCAUUGUUCUUCCAACUGAACAAGAAUUUAUUCACCAAAUGAAUGAUACAGAUAUAUCUGCAACUUAUUCAUGGCCGAAUACUGUUCAUGAAUGUUUUGUUCAACAAGCACAAUUAUAUCCACAAAAAUUAGCUCUUGAACUCGAUGAACAAUCACUUACUUAUAGUGAAUUAUUAUAUUCUGUAUAUUGUUUAACAAAUCAUUUAACUGAUAAAAUUCAACCAAAUGAAAUUAUAUGUCAAUGUGUUGAACGGUCUUUUGAAAUGAUUAUUGGUAUGUUAGCAAUCUUAUCAAGUGGUGCAGUUUAUUGUCCAUUAUCACCUUUGGAUCCACCAGAACGACUUAAAACUCUUAUUGAAGAUACAUCUGCAAAGACUCUUGUUAUUCAUAGUUUUACUUGGCAAACAAUUCUAAUGACUCAUACAUCAUGUAAUCUUAUUAUAACAGAUUCAUUUAUUAUGUUCAAUCAUAUUAAUUAUAAUAAUGAUCAUCAUAUUAUCAAGCCAAUAUCUGUUACAUCUGAUAAUCUUGCGUAUAUUAUUUUUACAAGUGGAACAACAGGAAUACCUAAAGCAGUUAUUAUUUCACAUUCUUAUCUACUUUUAUAUGUUCAAUCUUCUGUUGAAGUUGAUGCAUUGCGUACAACUGAUAGAGCUAUACAAUUAUCAUCAUGCACUUGGGAUGUUCAUAUUCAUGAAGUAUUUGGUACUCUCCUUAUGGGUGGUACUGUUAUACUUUUACGUUCAGAACAAGGAAAUCGUAAUAUGGAUUAUUUAUCUCAAAUUAUUGAAAUUCAUCAAGCAACAUAUGUUUGUAUUGUUCCUACAUUACAAAUUCUUUUGUUUGAUAUUGUAGAAGCACAAAAAGCAGUUCAGCGACUCAAUACUCUUCGUUUAAUAUGGUCUGUAGGUGAACCAAUCUCAUGCCGUUUUAUUGCUCGAAUUCUACCUAUGUUACCUAUUGGAUGUCAAUAUAUAAAUUUUGGUGGUGCUACAGAAGGUACAAUCGCACAAAUAUUUCAUGUUGUAACAAAAGAUGAUGCAUUAUCUGAAUCAGGUACAGUUCCAGUAGGUCAACCUAUGCCUUAUUUUCGAUGUCAUAUAUUGGAUAAAUUUCUACAAAUUAUACCAAUUGGAUACAUAGGUGAACUUUUUACAAGUGGACCUAUUAUGAAUGGUUACUUAAACAGGCCUGAUCUUAAUACCAAAGCGUUGGUUCAACUUCCAAAUGAACCUGAUAAAAGUUAUAGAACAGGUGAUUUAGCUCGAUUAAUACCUUCAACUGGUAAAAUUCAAUUAUUGGGUCGUAAUGAUUUUCAAGUGAAAGUAAAUGGACAACGAGUAGAAUUAGAAGAAAUUCAAGCAGUUAUUUAUCAAUCUAAUUCAUCAAUUUCUAACUGUGCUGUUGUUAAAGUAGUUGAACGUGGACGAGACCAUUUAAUUGCAUAUAUACAAUUAAACAAAACAUCUAAAUCAGUUCCGUUUGAUGAAAAAUUAAUUCGUAUUAAUUGUCAAGAUCAUUUACCACAAUAUAUGGUUCCAUCUCUUUUUAUUCUAGUUGAUCAAUUACCAUUUAACUCUAAUGGAAAACUAGAUAAAGCAGCACUUCCUAAACCUAAUCUAUCAUCAUUACUUUUACCAAUAAAUAAUGAUAAAAUUUCUAAUGAUCAAGACAAUGAAAUAUCAAUGACAAAUGAACAACAGCUUGUACAUGAUCUUUGGUGUGAUAUAUUACAAUUGGAUGUAGACUCAAAAAUACCUAUUAAUCGUUCAUUUUUCUCAUUGGGUGGUAAUUCAUUAGCUAUAAUGCGUCUCUUUGCACAAUAUCAAAUAAAAUUUUCUCUUGAUACUAAAUCAUCAUCAUCAUUUAAUAUUGCUUCUUUAUUUCGUCAACCAACUAUUGCUGAACAUACUCAGAUUUUUCAACAAUGGCUUAAUCAUACUUCUUCUCAAACUCAUCAACCAACUCAAUUAUGGUCAACUCUAAAUAUUUGUCAAGCUGAAGCAUCAUAUGGUCAACAACGUAUUUUUGUUGAUCAGACUAUUCGUUUUUCAAAUGAAACAUCUGUUUAUAAUAUUCCUUUAGUUUAUCGUAUCAUAUCUAAUUCGAAUAGUCAACAGAUUACAACUGAUCGAUUACGUCAAGCUAUUGAUGCAAUUAUUGCUAAACAUGCCAUACUUCGAACAUCAUUAGAUUGGAAUAUAGAUACAAAUGUUUUAGUUCAAUAUAUUCAACAACUUAAUUAUAGAAAUCAAUAUGAAUUUGUAAUUAGUUAUGUUGAAAAUGAUGAAGAAAUAACAAAAAUAAUUAAUACAGAAAUUACAAGUUCAAAAUUAUUUGAUAUUAAUCGAGGCAUUGUAUUACGAUGUCACAUAAUUAAAUAUAGUUCUUCCAGAAAAGAUGAAGAAAUAUGUUUAGAAAACAAUGAUAUUAUUAUUUUUAAUCUCCAUCACAUUGCAUUUGAUGGUGCUUCUCGACGAAUAUUUUUUAGUGAUCUUAAAUAUAAUUUAGAAUAUGAUAGUACAUUAAUAAAUAAUGAAAAUCAAUUUCAAUACAUUGAUUAUUCAGUUUAUGAAAAGCAAAUGGAUAUAAUAUCAUCUUAUCAUUUCUGGCAAUCACAUCUUGAUGGAUUGAAUUUAGAACGUCGUAUAAUGUUACCUUUUGAUCGACAUCGUUUAUUAGCUGAUCAACAUUCAGGUUUUGCUCAUCUUAUUGAUAUUCCAUUUGAUAAUGAUUUAAUACAUUCAUUUCUUGAUUAUGCUUCUUCACAAGAUAUCACACCAUUUCAAUUAGGUCUUACCAUAUUUUAUACAUUUUUAUAUAAAUUAAGUCAGAAUCAAAAUGAUCUAUGUAUUUCAUGUAUUCAUGCUAAUCGAUAUAGAACAGAAUUACAAAAUCUAAUUGGUAUGUUUGUUGCAACAUUACCACAUCGAAUUCAGAUUCAUCCUACUUAUUCAUUCAAUCAUCUUAUCAAACAAGUUCAAAAUGAAUUUUAUUCAAUUCUUGAACAUACACAUUAUCCUCUUCAACAGAUACUUCAAGAUUUAGAUUAUAAACAUUCAUCUGCUGCUUUUCUCAAUAUAUUAUUUGAUUUCAUUACUUAUUCAUCUGAUACUGAUCUUCUAUCUGUAAAUCAAACACAAUUUCAACCAGUAUCAUUGAAACAAAUGCAAAAUGUUGUUAAAUUUGAUAUGAAACUAUUAUUUUUUCAUGAUCCAACAGUUCAAAAUCAAACAAUAUCAUGUUCUCUAAUCUGUUCACAGGAUGUGUUUGAUAGCGAAACAGUAGAAGAAUUAUCAAAACAAUUUCAACAUCUUCUUUCACAAUUGUUUAUUAAACAUCCAUCUUCAUCUGAUUUAGUUAAUCAACCAAUAUCGAAAUUAUCUUUUUGUCGAGAAAAUGAAUCUAAAGAAAUACAACAAACAAUCUUUCGCCGAUUACCUAAUAUUAAGAAUGAAGGACCGGCUUCUUAUGCACAAUCUCGUAUUUGGCUUGAUGAACGAAUUCGAUUCGAUCCAGAUAAAGCACAAGUUGCAAUCUAUAAUAUGCCUUUUCUCUAUCGUCUUCAUUCAAAACAUACAUUAUCAACUACAGAACUUUACCAUGCACUUCAACUUAUUGUUAAAAAACAUCAAUCACUUCGAACAUCAAUUAUUUUCGAUAAUGAAACAAAUAAACUCAUACAACGAAUUAUUGAUAUCAAUGAUCACACUAGAAAACUAUUUACAUUUAUUGAAAGUACUUUCGAAACAGAUGAAGAUCUGAAUAAAAUUAUGUAUGAUGAGAAAUGCAACUCUCAACUUUUUCAUCUUGGUCAAGGUCUUGUCUUUCGAUGUCACAUUCUCUAUUAUAAACAAAUUUCUUCAAAUAAUCUUCUUUGUGAUAAAGAUAUAAUUAUUUUUAAUUUUCAUCAUGUUGUAUUUGAUUUCCCAUCAAUGAAAAUAUUUCUUCAUGAUCUCAAUCAAGCAUAUAUAACGAAUCAACUACCUAUCAAUCAUAAUACUGAUCUACGUUAUCUUGAUUAUGCUCUUAUUGAACAACAAAUGCCAAUGACUAGUGCAAGUAUGUUUUGGCUUGAUACUCUUCUUGGUUGUAAUCUUGAUCGAUCUUUAUCAUUACCCUGUGAUCGACAUCGUCUCUCAAAUGAACAUAGAACUGGUCAUACAACAUCAAUCUCAUUUGAUUUUGGUCAAGAUCUUUCAUAUGAUUUUCUUAACUAUAUAUAUAUAUGUAUUGGAAUGAAUACACAUACUCGAUAUAAAGAUGAACUUAAAUCAAUCAUUGGAUUAUAUGAAAAUCUUAUUCCAUUGCGAUGUCAAUCAGAUCGUAAUGAUUCAUUUCAUCAACUAGUUGAAUAUGUUCAAGGAAUGGCAAGAAAUUGUAUGAAAUAUUCAUAUUUUCCUCUUCAACAUAUUCUUGCACAACAUUCUGAUUGUUCAAAGCCUACAUUUCUUGAUGUGUCUUUUGAUUUUGUGAUUAUUGAAAAGAAAAUAAUGAUUGGUAAUAGUGAACUUUGUAGUAUUCCAUUAUCAACUACAAUGAAUGAAGAUGAAGAUGUGACCAAGUUUGAUUUUAUUCUUACUAUUCAAUAUGAUCUCAACAUAAAUCAAUUCUCAUGUAUAAUUAAUGCAUCACUUGAUUUAUUCAAUCAAGAGGCAAUAAAUAAAAUUUCACAACAAUUUCAUCCAAUAUUAUAUGAUCUGUUUACAUCUGUUAAUGAUAAAAUGAAGAAUAAAUCAAUCUAUGAAAUAUCAAUAAUGUUACCUAAUGAAAGAUUACUUAUACAAUCAAUGAACAAUACACAAGUAUUGUUUCCUUCUGCCACUUGUAUGCAUCAUGAAUUUAUUUAUCAAGUAAUACAACAUCCACAAAAAAUAGUUGUUGAACUUGAUGAACAGUCAUUAACAUAUACAGAACUUUUAUAUUAUGUUCAACAACUUUCUCUCGUCUUAAUUAACAAAUACCAUGUGAAAUCGGGUGAUAUUAUUUGUCAAUGUGUAGAGCGAAGUUUAUCUACGGUCACUGGCAUUUUAUCAAUUAUUAUGGCUGGUGGUGUCUAUUGUCCUUUAUCAUCACAAGAUCCUUCACAACGUCUACAAAUUCUUGUGAAAGAAAUUCAAAGUCAUUUAGUUCUUGUUCAUUGGUUUAUACGCAUUCUUUUUGAAAUCGAUAUUGUAACUUUAAAUAUUGAUACAAUUAUAAAUAAAGAAGCAAAUUCUACUAAUAUUCAUCUGAAUCAAAUGUCAGAUGUACCAAUAACAUCAAAAAAUAUUCUCUUUGUAAUUUUUACUAGUGGAUCAACUGGUAUUCCGAAAGCGGUUCAACUACGCCAUCGAAAUUUUACUCGAUUUUUACGCUCAUUUGUUUGUGUUGAUAUUCUUGUGGAUACAGUAAUUAUUGGAGCUACAUUAAAAAUGCUUCGACCAGAAGAUCAUAUGGAUUUAGAUUAUCUUGCAGGAGUAUUGAAUGAAAAGCAGAUAACUGUUAUGCAAGCUGUUCCAUCUUUAUGUAAUAGUCUAUUUAAUUUUCUCAAUACUACUAGUCGAAAAUCGUCAGUACAAUGGCUACGAACUUCUAGCAUAGGUGAAGUUCUCAACAAUAAACUAGUUAAUCUAUUAAAAAGUCAAGUGAGAAGUGAAUGUCGAAUUCGAAAUCAUUAUGGUCUAGCUGAACUUACUAUUAAUUGUACCAAUCAUCUAAUUGAUCUAAACAAAGAUCAAACAGAUAGUCCCAUAGGUCAAUCUCUUCCCAAUUAUCAUUUUUUAAUAUUAGACAAGUUCUUACAAACUGUUGGUAUUGAACAGGAAGAGAAACUAGUUGUUGGAGGUGUUAAUGUUUUUGCUGGAUAUCGUGGUCGUGAUGAUUUAACAGCUAACGUAAUGAUUAAUAUUAAUGGUUAA